AUGGUAGCGGAUUGUAUAGAGCAUGCCAAAAGGUAUCAAGCGUGUCAAUUCCAUGCUAAUUACAUCCAUCAGUUUCCAAAGCCUCUUCAUCCAACUGUGGCCUCAUGGCCUUUUGAUUCCUGGGGACUGGAUGUGGUUGGACCUCUUCCAAAGUCGUCAAAAGAGCAAAUGUAUGGCAUACCAAGAUGCAUAGUUACGGAUAAUGGAACUCCCUUCAACAAUAAACUCAUGAAGACGUUGUGUAAGAAGUUCAAUUUUAAGCAGCACAAGUCUUCAAUGUACAAUACACCUGCCAAUGGUCUUGCCGAAGCUUUUAACAAGACGCUUAGUAACCUAUUGAAGAAAGUUGUUGCAAAAAAUAAAAGGGAUUGA